AUGGUGCGUCGUUGCGAGCUGUUCCUGGUGGCGUGUGUGUUGAUCGGUUUGCGGCCGACCUUUGGCUCGCUGCUAGGGAACGAGAACCUGGUCGUGCAGUUUGGCACCUACGAUGCGAUGCUGCAGCAGUGUUUCUUCCACAAGCUGUACCACGGCAUGAUCAGCCCGCAAAGUGUGACGUUUAACAAUGCGGCUGCCAACAAAGCGAUCAAGUUCAUCAGCGUGGAAUCGAAUCAAGGGUUCGAUCAUGGUGGCAUUUCGGCCGCGAUCACCUCGGGAACGGUUGGCACGGGCAAGGUCAUCACGUUGCAGGUGAACGCGACACCCAGCAUGCUGAAGUUCCUCAACAAUGUGACGAUUAAAAUGUACUGUGAGAAAUAA